AUGACGUGGAGGAGCCCUCUGGCCCUGGUGAGGGAUGCUCUGAGAGGUCAGAGGGCCCGUGACAAAGACCUUCGCAACUUGGUGUCCAAUCUGCCUUACGAAGGCCUGGAGAAGGGAAAACAACCAAACCGCUACUUCCCCAGAAAUGCUAUCAAGACCACCAAAUACUCCCUACUCCUGUUCAUCCCCAUGAACCUCUUUGAGCAGUUUCAUCGCCUGGCUAACAUCUACUUUGUGGGUCUGGCUAUUCUGAAUUUUGUUCCCGUAGUGAACGCCUUCCAGCCUGAGGUGGCUCUGAUCCCCAUCUGUGUCAUCAUGUCUCUGACAGCCCUGAAGGAUGCCUGGGAGGACUUCAGGAGGUACCAGUCUGACAGGAAGCUCAACAACACACCGUGCUUCAUUUACAGCAGGAGAGAAAAACAAUUUAUAGAGAGACGUUGGAAGGAUGUGCGAGUGGGGGAUUUUGUAAGGGUGGUGUGCAAUGAGAUCAUCCCAGCAGACCUCCUGCUCCUGCACACAUCAGAUCCCAACGGCGUGUGUCACACUGAGACGUCUAAUCUGGAUGGAGAGACCAACCUAAAGCAGAGGAAGGCAGUGACUGGCCUCUGUGUCUCGGAUCCUGACUUUGAACCUGAAAGCUUCAACAGUAUCGUGGUGUGUGAGAAGCCAAACAACAAUCUGAACCAUUUCAAGUGUUUUGUAGAGAAACCUGAUAAGGAGAAGGUGGGUGCAGGAAUCGAAAGUCUGCUGCUGCGAGGCUGCACAGUGAGGAACACGGACCACGUUGUCGGCUUCGUUGUGUAUGCAGGCCAUGAAACCAAGUCCAUGCUCAACAACAACGGGCCAAGAUACAAGCGCAGCAAGCUUGAGCGGAAGCUGAACAUAGACGUCAUCUUCUGCGUCAUUCUCCUCUUCACCAUGUGUCUCUUUGGAGCAGUGGGUCACAACUUAUGGCUGAAGGCACUGCCUGGUGUGCCCCCUUACCUGGUCCCUGACAGCAGUGGUCAUCUGGACAGCCCAAGUCUGUCUGGUUUCUACAUGUUCUUCACCAUGAUCAUCCUCUUGCAGGUCCUAAUUCCCAUCUCCCUCUAUGUGUCUAUUGAGUUGGUUAAGAUCGGGCAGAUCUUUUUCAUCUCUAAUGACGUGGAUCUGUACGACCCGGAGACAAACAGCCGGGUGCAGUUUAAGUCCCUGAACAUCACAGAGGACCUGGGACAGAUUGAAUACAUCUUCUCAGACAAGACUGGCACCCUUACUGAGAACAAGAUGGUGUACCGCAGAUGCUCCAUCAUGGGCACUGAGUACCCACACAAAGAGAACACCAUCCGCCUAGCUGUCCUUGGAGGUGAGGAAACAGAGGAAGAUGACAUCUUCAACCAAAAGCCACAAGCUGCAAAAACUGGCUGGUCUCUGGAUGCUGAGGACGAGUCUGAGGACAUACAUAAACACAACCGUGGCAGACGCAGGAGCAAGCUGUCCAGAGCUGCAUCGACAGACGCAGCCUUUAGCAGUGAGCUGGAAACUGAGGUGAUUCCAGACAGGAAGCUGCUUCAGCAGAUUAACAGGGCACAGAGCAGCAGCAGCAGCAGGAAGAUGGAUCCUUACCUGGACUUUUUUCUGGCUCUCACCAUUUGCAACACGGUGGUGGUUUCCAUGGCAACAGCUCAGAGACAGAGGACAAGAGGGUUUUCCUGCUCCUCUCGGACAAGUAAUCCAGUGAAUUCUUUAUCCAACUGGGUGAAAAAGUCUGCUUCUGUUUGCUGUUGUUUCCUCUCCUCUAAGAGCAAAGCAAAGAGAAAUCGCACUCUCUCAGAAGGCUCUGAGGACCACAUUGACACUCCUGUGAAAUUUGAGGGAUCUGGAAACAUGGAUAGGCUCCAGACAUGUUCGUUUCAUAGUCCAUCUCAGUCUGUCAAGCCUGCUGAGUCCUCAGAUAAUCUGAGCUAUGAGGCAGAGAGUCCAGAUGAGGCAGCCCUGGUGCAUGCAGCUAAGGCAUAUGGCUUCAUUCUGCUGGCUCGCACCCCCAACAGUGUGACGGUGAGGCUCCCAUCAGGGGAGGAGCUAGUGUUUGAGGUGCUGGACACCUUGACUUUUGACUCCACCAGGAAGCGAAUGUCUAUUCUGGUGCGACACCCAAUCACCAAAGAGUAUGUGCUGUACACUAAAGGUGCAGACUACGCCAUCAUGGAGCUUCUUGGUACACCAUAUGCAGAGCAUCUUAGUGGACAUCAGAAGAAUAUAGCAGCAGAUACUCAGCAUCACCUUGACUGCUAUGCUAAGGAAGGACUGCGAACACUCUGCUUUACAAAGAAGGUUGUGAGUGAGAAGUUGUAUGAAAACUGGUCAGUGGUCAGGCAGAGGGCCUUGGCUGCCAUAGACAACAGAGAGGAGCUUGUUAUGGACUCUGCCGUGCAGCUGGAGACAAACCUGUCCCUGUUAGGUGCGACGGGGAUUGAGGACCGUUUGCAGGAGAGUGUUCCAGACACCAUUGUUGCGCUGCGCGAGGCAGGGAUCCAAGUGUGGGUGCUGACUGGUGACAAACCAGAGACAGCUGUCAACAUCGGCUAUGCCUGCAGGCUACUGGAAGAGGAGGAUCUGGUGAUUAACAUGAGCUGCAAAAACAAGCUGGCUUGCAUCUCCAUCUUGGACUGCACUUUGGAGGAAGUGAGGAGGUACAGCGCAGACCCUCGUAAUGUGGACACAACUCAGGACAUCUCUUUGGUGAUUGAUGGACGGACCCUGACCAUGGCUCUGUCGUCAGACCUGCAGGACCGCUUCAUUGAGCUGGCAAGGCGCUGUCGCUCUGUGUUGUGCUGCAGAGUGACGCCACUACAGAAGAGCAGAGUGGUGAAGGUGGUCAGGGAGAAACUCAAGGUCAUGACCCUCGCCGUUGGUGAUGGUGCAAAUGAUGUGAAUAUGAUCCAAGCAGCUGAUAUCGGCAUUGGGAUAUCUGGCCAGGAAGGCAUGCAGGCAGUCAUGGCAAGUGAUUUUGCCAUAUCACGCUUCAGACACCUGAAAAAACUCCUCCUGGUUCAUGGACACUGGUGCUACACCCGACUGGCCAACAUGAUCAUUUACUUCUUCUAUAAGAAUGUGGCCUACGUGAACCUGCUCUUCUGGUAUCAGUUCUUCUGUGGCUUCUCCGGCACUGCCAUGAUAGACUACUGGCUGAUGAUUUUCUUUAAUUUGUUCUUCACGUCUUUGCCGCCCAUCAUGUUUGGAAUAAUGGACAAAGAUGUCUCUGCGGAGAUUCUGCUGGGUGUGCCUGAGCUGUACAGGACUGGACAGGGUGAAGGGGAAUACACAAUUGCUACCUUCUGGGUUUCCAUGCUUGAUGCCUUCUAUCAGAGUCUGGUGUGCUUCUUUAUUCCAUACCUGGCUUACAAAGAUUCAGACAUCGAUGUUUUCACCUUUGGAACACCUUUGAACACAAUUUCUUUGUUUACCAUCCUGCUGCAUCUGUCCAUAGAGAUCAAAGCCUGGACGUGGGUUCACUGGGUCGUCAUGCUGGGCAGUGUGGCCGCGUACUUCAUUGUCACACUGGCCUACAGUGGCAUCUGCAUCACCUGCAACCCUCCAUCCAACCCCUACUGGAUCCUCCAGAGCCAGAUGGCUGACCCCAUGUUCUACCUUCUCUGCAUCAUCACCACUGUGGUGGCUCUGCUGCCCAGGUACAUGUUUCACGUGCUGAGGAACUCUGUCGCCCCCUCCCCACUCCUGCAAGCCAGGCAGCUGGACCGAAUGGAGCCAUGCACAAGGGAGCAGUGGAUCAAGGAGUGGAGAAGUUUCAGGGGCAGCAGGGUGGUCAAACGUUCCAGGCUGUCUACCCCGCCCUCUCCUACCCUGGAGACCCCCGUAGACUUUUAUUGCCAAUCUCCCACCCCCUCAGACAUCAUGGGAGAGGAAUUCACACUGAAUGUCAUCUCUGAAAAGUGCCAAAGGCCUCUACACAUGUGAUGAUUCAUUAAAAACAUUUAGAAAUAAGACUAUUAUUUAUUCAGACAACUGUAAUUAUGUUACACCAGCUCAGAUAAUCCCUGAUUCCUGUUUGGAUUUUAAUUUUUCAGUGGGAUGGUCUUACAUAAAUUAGGGAGAAACAGUCCUUCUCUCUGACUUGAGACAAAUCAUCAUUUCUUUGAUGAGUUCAUUUUGUAAUGAAGAGAUUGAUGAAGAGCAUGUAGGGUCCUGUCCUCCUCACUCUGCCUAUAACAGGCUGCCAUACUGAAUACAUAAGCCUGUUACUUUCCUGAUGGGUUUUUGGUGCAUGCUGGUAACCCAAUUAGUCAUGCCACCCACCCCUCCAAAACGUGGCACUUUUCCAGAACAAAAUGCUUAGCUAGUUUGAUGUAUUCCUCUCACCUACAUCUUUUAAACAGACACAAAGCAUCCUAUAAGAGAGGCUAACCAUGUCUGGGUUACAGAUCUCCCAUUUAAUAUAAAGAGUCAUGUUUUCAUAGGCUGGGCCUGAGACUCAUUCCUGGAAUAUUUAUUUAUCUGUAAAAAUCUGCCGGCAUUGUGUAUGAUAACAUUAUCACCGUACGUGUCCUGUAUGGCUUUGUCUUUCUGUGUGUAAACAAAAAUGAUGUAUAAUGAAGAAUCUCAGGAAAGGACUCGUACGCUCCACAGUCAGAUGGUUUUUUAUGUAAAUGGAGUGUGCACAAGCUGAAUCCACUGGUAAAAAGGGCUGAGUUAUCAUUGGCAUACUUCAUUCUACAGUAGCAGCUCUGCUUAUAUAAGGUCCCACAUCCUCUGGUCAGAUCACUGCUGCACCCUAGUGGUGAAAAUGAAGAACUGCAUAAAGGUCAAAUGGGACAAAGUCAGAAAAACAGACAUUGAAACAGCUGAGAUGGGGCUGAAUGUAAUAAAGCCACAAAACGAGGAAUUUGAUUUAAAAACAUACAACUUUUAUUAAGAAAUAAUAUGGCAAAGUAAAACAAACUUGUGGUAUAUUGAAGCAAACCUGAGCAAGCCUGUUUAUGCUGCACUUAUAAAGCACUAAAUGUUUGACAUAAAUAAUUUAUUGACAAAUAAACAAAUACAAAGCUUUUUGUAUUGUGUUCUAUGGUGGUGGUUCCCACAUUUUUUCCUUAGCCCCCCCCCCAAUGAUGGUGCAUUAGGGCCACUCUAGAAAAAAACGAUAAUAAAGACAAUCUGUUAAUUUUCAAGAACAGAAAACCCUCUAAAUUCUCACAUUUAAAAGUCAUUAUUUUACAAGGGAAAGAAUGCUUUUAAUGUUGUAAAUAUACAUAAACCAAAACUUUGAAGUUUUGAAACUAUAAAGUCAAAAAGUGCAUUGUUUUCAGUUUAGCUUCUUGUAAAUUUUUUACUUUACAUCAUUACAGAUUUACAAUUUUAAAAACUUUACAUUUCAAGUUUCUGGUUGGCAAAAGACUUUGAAAACUUUGAAAAUUUUUCUUCAGUAUUUCCGAUUUUAAACGGACAUUCUGAUUUUUAUUUCUUGUAAAUAAACAACUUUAUAUGUCAGUAAAGUUGUUUAUUUAUGUUGGGUUUUUUGCCAAAAAAUUAACCAAUUCUCUUCUUUUUAUCUUCUUGAUUGACCCUAAUACAUUUUGUUUCUAAUCAUGGUUAUAAAAAAUAUGUAUGAACGUCUAAUUUUGACAGAGCAGACUUGAAUACUCUGGGGCUUAUUUGCUGUAUACACAAGGAUAGUUAGCACAAAAUGAAUAUUUAAAACAAGUACUAAAAAACUGGCAUUAAAAAGACAGUUUCAAUUGUAAUUUUGGUGGUAAAAAAUUAAAUUAAAACAAUAGUUACACAGACAGCCAAGUUCUUGGAUGACAUAUCUUAGACAAAGUAAAGACAUCCAGUGUGACAUCUAGUCUUAUUCCAGUGCUUUUAAAUAAACUAAAUGUCCAUCUAUAAAACAAUUUUUAGAAAAAGCAUUGGAAAUUAUUAAAAAGGCUUUAAACAUAACAAAAAAUAGGAACAUGAUAUGCAUAUUAAUGAUAAAAAACAUCCUAAAAAUGUCCUUACAUCAUAUCACUUAUCAUUUGUUGACUUGUACAUUGUGACUUGUUGUUGUUUGCUGUCUUUAUAUUACAUGAGACAAUUACAAGACAAACUCAAAUGACAAAAACAAAAGUCAUAAAAUAAUACUUUCAUUGCAGCAACAGAAAAAGCUUGAUAAUUCCUCACAGAUUAUUAGUUUAUUUUACAAAAA